AUGGCAAAAGUAUUCACCGCGUCAGUGUUGCCCAGCCAAGUUGGCAAUGGCGAUGUCUCAGUGACUAUUGUGUCUUCGUUCAGUGGUGAAGAUGUUUGUAGCUUCCAGAUGCCUGGUGGAACGCUGGCAGAUCUGGAGGGCUGCCUCUUUCAUCCAACGGGACCGAUGACUCGGUGUUGUCCUUUUUGUCGGCUCCUUUUCUACACAAAGGAUGAACCAUCCAGGCCACUAGACCUGCAACGACAGGUUGGUACGUUUGACUCGCUCGUGAUCAAACAUGGGGAUUCCCCGGAUGUGGACGCAUGGCUGCAGACGUACCCAGACACAGGGAAAUUUCUGCAAGCCGUGCUGGGCAACAAGUUUGACCCUGGCAGCCCAGAUUUUGAAAUCACAUGGACUGCAAAAGUAGCAGGGGAAGUUACUUUGAACGAAGCUAAGUGCCUUGUUCACGAGGUCCUGAAUGGAUCACCCAUCCACGAAGACAGUGGACAAAAUUUCGUUCAGAUCUUCGGGAAGCUAGCGGCUUUGGGUGAGUCAUGGGAGAUGCUCAAUUUGCAAUUCCUUCAAGACUUUCACCCUGGACUCAAAACGUUCAGACAUUGCGUUUUCCAACAUUGGUUGGAGCUCGCACGUGUUGCAGCCACCUCAAUGAUCUCAGAAGCAACACCCAUGCUACUGCUCAAGAGAUCGGAAACGAGAUCGAGGCAUGGUGGCAUUGGGGGAUGCAGCGUGAUCGGGGAUGCCUUUCCGGGCAACUUUGAUGGUAAUAGUACCUUGCAAAAUACCCUCACUCUGCUUGAUGUGGCGCCCAAUGCUCCGUGGCGCGAUGUUCGGUGGCGCGAUGUUCGGUGGAGCAAUGUUUCACUUGUAUUGCUUUCACUGGACUGGAAUCCCCAAGAAGGCUUGGAAGUCUUGCAAACUCUCUUGACAAAGGUGGAACAAGAGCCCACUCAGUUCCGGGCGCUUCAGCAGCAAGAGGUCUCUCAGAUGGUUCAGGUGCAGCUGCGCUUGUCCUGUUGCAGAGUUGCAGAAGUCAAAGGGCCCAUCAAUGAGGUCUGUGUCAAGAUGCUUGCAGAGCUGCUUGCCUACAAGCUUAUGAUCCUGAGGUUUGAAAGCAUGCUGGACUUUUGGACUCAGAUGAGUGCCUUCCAUGGUGACACGUAUCAUCGUGGAACAUUAGUGCUCGUAACGGAUAUUCCAGCUUCCGAGAGGCCAUUCUUCUGUGAGCCCCAUCGCCUGUCCAUGUGUUACACCUUGGAUUCGGAUGCAAUGCAGUUCCCACCCUCCGGGUUGCAACGGAAACACAUCUGCGGCAUGAUCAACGGAGACUUCCUCAUCACAGGCACCUCUGCGGGAGAUCUCUGUGUCUUCAACAUCAAGACCAAGGUGUUCCGCACAGCAUUGCCCGUGUGCAACAAUGGUGUGACCAGCAUGGCUCAGCAUGGCGAGAUGUUAUUCGUGGCUGGCGGAGACGGGCGAAUCAAGGCCCUUCGAGGCUUCGACAUCCAAUGGGACGUUCUGGCAGAAAACGUGUUGGAAUCCGGUGUCGUGGCCUUGACCCCUUCCGCGGAUGGCGCGGAGCUGAUCGCAGGCUCAAGGAAUGGAAAGAUGUGGCGCUUGCUCUCCUCCGAUCUCACUGGUACCUUGCAGAGCGCCUCGCACACGGGCGAGGUCACCGACAUUGCCUUCGGCCCGCGCAGCGAUGUGGUGUGCACCGUCUCGGACACCGGGGAGGUCUUUCUCCUGGACUUGUCGGAUUAUAUGCCCAUCACCAGCGCCACCGCGAAGUCGCCCGUGCGCUCGGCCGUCUUUGCCGGGGACGGUGAGAUUCUUGCAGCCUACGAUGACGGCUACAUUCGCGCCUGGUCCUCUGAGAAGGGCGUCAGCAAACAGCUGUGGCAGAUGAACUGCCACAGGCAAGGCGUGACCUGCGUCCGGGCGUCGCCGCACUUCGUGGUCACCGGCGGGGGAGACUGCGCUGUACGCUUCUGGCACCGGAAGUCCCGAGAGAUGCUUUCGUCCUUCCAGAAUCAUCGGAAACCUGUGGCGGAUCUGGUCCUGGAUGAGGUGAGUCCUCACGUGGUUCACUCUGCGAGUGAGGAUAAGUUGGUGGUCACCUACGAUCUGAAGCAAAACAAAGCUCUGGUCCAGCAUACCUCGAUGGGCGGCAACAUCACAAGCAUCUCUCAGCGGAAGGACCAUGACAACGAGGUGGUGAGCUGUGCCCAAGAUGGAAAGCUCUUGUUUUGGGAUGUGGAUUACCCAGAUCCCACAGGUUGUAUCGAAGGCCCACCAGACGUCCUGGUCCGACUGCGGUGUUGCGAGGUGUCCCCCAACGGUAGAUACAUCGCGGCCGGCUCGGAUGAUGCCAGGAUGUAUAUUUAUGACCUGGUUUCCUGCCAGUGCAUCCAAGAAUGCGAAGGCCAUUCAGGCCUGACCGAAGUACCGAAGUGGCCAGGGUGA